AUGGCAGUCUUUGCAAAACGGUUCAGGCUCAGUCGAGGCCUCGGCGUGCAUCUUUCGUACCAUAUUCAAGCCACGACAAACAGCAGCACAGACGUGUGUCGGCGGCAAUCCGUCAGUGUACAUGGGGCUGAACGUGAGAUUGAGAACGAGCAAUGA